UUACGACUUAACCAUGAAGACUGCUGGUGCUAUCGCACUCGUCACCCUUGGCUGUGCCAAUGCCUUUGUCAUCCCCGCGGGCCGCACGGUAGUGCGCGCGGAAACAGCUCGAGCCGCUGAGAAAAUCAACACGAUCGAGUUCGAGUUGGACAAGCCAAAGGUUGUAACGAUGGACUCCGUGGACGCCGGGGGCAAGAAAGUGUACUGCCGGUGCUGGAAAUCCGGGACUUUCCCCCUGUGUGAUGGUGCCCACGUGAAGCACAACGAGGCAACCGGGGACAACGUGGGCCCGCUCAUCGUGUCCGGCCCCAAGAAGGAAUAGAUGGGUGUGCUUCUAAACAUAGGUUUUACUUUUAUCCAUCUUGAUCACUUUGCUGGUUGUUGCACCCACACAUUGGGUUCGAUUCACAGGCGGAACAUCACAUUGCUGCAACCACAACUUGGGAGGCAAAAUCACAGGCGGGAAUAGCGAGAGGUUUAGGGGGUGCGAAUCACAGACCGAAUUAUAUGGAGGUGGCCGGUCCUGUUGCAGGAAUAAUUGCUUUGGGAUCGUUCGCUGCUCGAGGCGAUCGUGACUCGUUUUCGGUUGGCUGGGCGGUUCAUGAUGUACAGCGCCAUCUAUAGGCCACGGACGUACCACUGGAUGGUCGAUUGUCGGCUGGAUCUCUUUAGUUUAAGACUGGCUGCUGUAGACUGGA